UUUCCGCAGUGAGUGUCGUCCCCCUUAAAUUGGCUCCUGCAAUAGAGUUAGAGCCAACUCUUCGCUUACUAUAUUAAUCCAUGCUCCUCUGCCCGCGUCGCUCUCUCCCGCGCUCCCAGAGAAUGGAAUUGGAGAGCCGUGCUUGCGUGCGUCCAACAUCGUCUGUCCACUCUCCCUAACCCACCGGUGCUGUUGACUCUGCGUCUCCCUGACUGCGUCAUCCGAGUCGAGUGCUGGACCACUGAUCGAUCUUGACUUGCCGUAAUCAUGGGUUUGCUGUGGAAUAUCGCCUACUUCGCCUGCCAUCCCGUGCAGCUGCGAUCCAUCAUACAAUGGAAAGUGUGGCACAACCCUCCACACGAGCGAGAUGCUUCCAAGGACCCUGAAACACGGAAACGGAGCUUCCACUUUCUCAAGCUGACCAGUCGCAGCUUCUCCGCCGUCAUCCUAGAGCUCCAUCCGGAAUUGUUGUUUGCUGUGACUGUUUUCUAUCUGGUGCUGCGUGGUCUCGACACCAUCGAGGACGACACAUCGGUGCCGCUGGCUGUGAAAGAGCCUCUAUUACGCGACUUCAAGAAUAUCAUCGAGAAGGAUGGAUGGACUUGGGAUGGCAAUCGUCCUGAGGAAAAGGACCGCCAGCUUCUGGUUGAGUUUGACAAUGUGAUUACAGAGUACAAGACUCUCAAGCCUGCCUACCGCGCAAUCAUCAAGGACAUGACUAAGAAAAUGGGCAAUGGCAUGGCCGACUUCGUUCGCAAGGCGGAAACGGAAGGCAUCAGCGUAAAUACCAUUGAGGAAUACGACCUCUACUGCUAUUACGUGGCCGGCCUUGUUGGUGAUGGCUUGACUCAGUUAUUUGUCGAGGCAAAAUUUGGUAAUCCCGGGCUGCUGGCUCGUCCAAAUCUGCACAAAUCGAUGGGGCUUUUCUUGCAAAAAACUAAUAUCAUCCGUGACAUCCGCGAGGACCACGAUGACGCUCGACAUUUCUGGCCCAAAGAAAUCUGGUCCAAGCACGUCGACAAAUUCGAGGAUCUAUUUGACCCCAAGUACAAAGAGGCCGCGCUCAAUUGCAGUUCAGAGAUGAUAUUGAAUGCUCUUGAGCACAUGGACGAAUGUCUUUUCUACCUCGCCGGGCUACGUGAGCAGAGUGUGUUUAAUUUCUGCGCUAUCCCUCAAGCCAUGGCUAUUGCCACCUUGGAGCUCUGCUUCCGCAACUACUCGAUGUUUCAACGAAACAUCAAAAUCACAAAAGGCGAUGCCUGCCAAUUAAUGAUUGAAUCGACUCAAAAUCUACGAGUACUUUGCGACACAUUUCGCAGAUAUGCGCGCCGCAUUCAUCAGAAGAACACGCCCAAGGAUCCCAAUUUUGUUAAGAUCAGCAUUGCCUGCGGCCGUAUUGAGAAAUUCAUAGAAACCCUUUUCCCAACUCAAAAGGCCGAGGACGCCAGGCGUCAGCUCAGCGGAGUAUCAACGGAGGAAGAAGAAAAGAAGAAGAGGGAAGCACAGGAAUCGUGGGAGGACGUCAAAAUGAUGAUGAUCAUCAUGGGCGGCAUAGUCGUUGUCGUCACACUUGUCCUGUUCUUCAUCGCAUGGAUGCUAGGAGCCCGAUUCGACUUGGCCAUCGCCGAGCUGCGAAAGGGCAAUUUCAGGCCACCGGGCAAAAUCAAGCACUCGGAGCUAUAAGCCCGAUUAUUAUAUAUAUCCUGGCUACGUAUUUUACCUAUAGGCUUCUUGCUUCCCUUCAGUGGGUGUAUUACCACCGUGUUCAUAUUCAUGCUGGUCAGAUACUUUUCUCAGCAUAUCGAUAAUACUAAUGAAUUAGUCCGACUCUUCUCCUUCCCCUCGUAGCCCUCGUUUGAAGAUAGCACGGAUGUCAAAUUGCGAUUCAGCCCUUCCAUGGCUGCAGUUGUGCCGAAGAAGUGCUUACAUUAACGGUAUACUUGAUAUGCCUACGGGGAUGUACUAGAUGUAUGUCUAUUCUGCUUGCAGGACAGUGGCAGACAUCCAUUGAAGAACCGAUACAUACAACAUACUUAAAUAGCCACAGAUAUACACACCGCAGGUGUAGUUUUAGCAGAAUACAAUAAUAAAUAUUCCUCUCGGA